AUGGACACCAGAGGCACCUCGACCCCGGAGUUGCCGGAGCUGCUGAGCCAGAGCGCAAAGCCGGGGAUCCCGGUUCCAGGAGCACAAGAGAAGGACCUGCUGAGCAGCACAGCAGCGGCCCGGACCUUGAUCAGUAUCAUCCGGCCUUGCUACGGUCCUCACGGACGCCAGAAGCUGCUGGUGACUGCCAAGGGAGACACUGUCUGCACCGGCUAUGCCUUGGCCAUUCUCAGGGCCUUAGAGCUGGAGCACCCCGCAGCCUGGCUCCUCCGAGAGGCUGCUCAGACCCAAGCUGAGAGCAGGGGCGACGGCACGGCCUUUGUGGUCCUCCUGGCAGGCGCCCUUCUCGAGCAGGCCGAACUCCUGCUCAGGGCCGGCCUACCGCGAGCCCAGCUUCGGGAGGCCUAUGCAACAGCUGCAGCUGAGGUCCUGGCCAUACUGCCCUCCUUGGUGAUCGCGUCCCUGGGCCCCUUGGAAGAUCCAUUCUGGGCCCUCUAUUCUGUGAUGAAUACCCACGCUCUGUUCCAGACGGACUUCUUGACCAAGCUAGUGUCUCAGGCCUGCUGGACCAUCCGGGAGCUGGAUGGGAACUUUAACCCUGAGCGCCUGGGCGUGUGCACUCUGCGAGGAGCUACACUAGAAGACUCGUGCCUUCUCCCAGGGCUGGCGGUGGCUGGGAAACCCUGCGGACAAGUGACCAUGGUCUUAAGGGGUGCCAGGAUUGCUCUGUUUACCUGUCCCUUUGGACCAGCCAGUACAAAUGCCCCAGCAACUGCCUGUUUUUCUAGUCCUGAGGACCUAACUAAAUUUAGUAAAGAAAAGGAACAAUUGGCAGAAAAACAGAUAGCCCAGCUAACAGCUAUGAAUAUUAACGUGGUGGUGGUGUGGGGGGAAAUCGAUGAGAAGACCCUAGUAGAAGCUGAAAAGUUUAGCAUCAUGGUGAUUCAAGCCAAGUCCCGGAAGGAGAUGGCAUACCUGAGUGAGAUGUUGGGCACACCUUUGCUUUCUUAUCUGAUUCCUCCUCUGGUGCCAGGGAAGUGCCAGAGAGUUUAUACACAGGAGCUGGGAGAAAGUUUGGCUGUGGUUUUCGAAUGGGACCAUCCAAACGCUCCUGCCCUUACCUUGGUCCUCAGGGGGGCCACAACUGAUGGACUAAGGAGUAUAGAGCAGGCUGUCUACCAUGGAAUUGAUGCCUACUUCCAGCUGUGUCAGGACCCCAGGCUGCUUCCUGGAGCUGGGGCCACAGAGAUGACUCUGGCUAAAAUUCUCUCAGAAAAAGGAAGCAAACUGGAAGGGGCUGGUGGUCCUGUAUUCCUAGCCUUUGCCCAGGCCCUCAGGUCUCUUCCUGAAGCACUGGCAGAGAAUGCAGGCUUAACUGUCACCAACGUGAUGACAGAAAUGCACAGAGCUCACCAAGAUGGAAACUUCCUCAUAGGGGUGGGGCAAGAAGGGAUAAUAAAUGUCGCCAAGGAGCAGGUGUGGGACACCCUUAUGGCCAAAGCCCGAGGACUUCAAGUGGUAGCUGAUGUAGUGUUACAGCUGGUGACUGUAGAUGAAGUUAUUUUGGCCAAGAAAAGUCCCAGUCAACAGCAGGACUUGAAUUCCGAGUCUAAAAAGGCAAAGAAAUCCCCUUUUCUUUCAAUGAAUAAAUAA